AGAAGAAAACGCGGUAGCUGUCGUGUUCUUCGGCUGUGUUCUUGUGUUUUGCUGAAGUGUCAUACCUGUUUUUGUUAUGAUGCCUCCAGUUCAGCAUCUGAGAGACUUUAUCGGUGAACGACUAACUGCUGUUGCGACCGAAAUUUUCACCGAGUUUGAAAAAACGAUCGUUCGGUACGAAGAAGAGCUGGCUCGCUCCCGCAGACUGAUGGUUAUCAGCUGGAAACCUGAAAAAGACGUCCACAGACUCGGCCUUCAGCAGGAACACGAUCCCACAACUGAGCUGAUCCUCACAGACCAGGAGUGGAACUCCAGCCUGGACCUGGAGAAACCAAGAUCUCCACAAAUCAAAGAUGACCACAAGGAACUAGAUCCAGAAUCUCCGCAGAUCCAAGAAAAGCAUCAGGAAGAACCACUUCAGCUGAAGCAAGAGACAGAUCCGUUCCUGGUGACUGUUUUGGAUGAAGAAAGUGAGCACAGUGAAGCAGAACCAGAGGGGGGGCAGCCCAACUCUCAGAGUUCUGAUGCAACCCAGAACCUGGAUCAGGAUUUGAGGUCAAAUCAGAAAACUGAACUCACAGAUCACACAAACAUUGGUCACAGUAACAGAAACGAGCCUACACCUGAGAGGAGCUUCACCUGUGGUGGUUACGCCACCCACCAGCAGCACGUUUCUAACAAAACGUUUAUAAAUCCUUCAUUACUGAACGCUCACGCUGCAUCCCACUCAAGUCAGAGGUCAUUUCCUGGUGGGGACACGUUGUCUCACAGCUCUCAUCUUCUAAAUCAGCUGAACAGCCACAAAGUCAGGAGCCCAGCCUCUGACAGCCUGCAGCACUGCUGUCCUACCUGUGGCAGAGUUUGUGCUUCUCACUCCAGUCUAGUGACCCACAUCAGGAGUCACACGGGCGAAAAGCCGUUCUCCUGCAGGGUGUGUGGGAAAAGGUUCAGCACCAACGGGAACUGUAAGAUCCACAUGAGAGUCCACACCGGGGAAAAACCGUAUUCAUGCCAGGUCACCAUGGCCACCUACACCUGCAUCAGCUGUCGGGUGGCCUUUGCAGAUGGCGACUUGCAGCGAGCGCACUACAAAACCGACUGGCAUCGUUACAACUUGAAGCGUAAGGUGGCCGACAUGCCACCCGUCACAGCUGAAAACUUCCAGGAGCGAGUCCUGGUGCAGAGGGCCGCUGCUGAGCAGCAGCUGACUGACGCCGCAAUAACGGAGGGCUGCUCCAUCUGCAACAAGAAGUUCUCCAGCACCAACGCUUACCAGAACCACCUUCAGUCUCACAAACACCAACAGGCCGAGAAGCAGGCGCUGCUCACGGCACAGAGGAGAGUGGAGAAGAUGAACAUGAAAAACCUGGAGAAGGGACUCUGCGAGGAGGAGGAUAACGAUGCGAGGAACAAGGCUCUGCAGCAGGCCCUGAGAGAGGAGCAGAGGUCGAGCCCGGCAAAGCAGAGGCGGGUCCAGAGUUCACAGGGAGUAACGAAACAGAAGGCGGAGAAACCACCGCGGAUGAUGUGGUUGGAGGAGCAAGCCAAGAGGCGUGAGAGAGAGGAAGGAGCAACAGCUGAAGAAGAUGACUGGGAGGAUGUGGAUGAGGAGGAAGAUGAUGAUGAUGACAUGGAGGAAGAUGGAGCUGAGGAGGAAACGAUGGAUCAGGAGGAAGGCAGCUCUCCUGCUCCGUCCGACCCGAUGCCUCUGACUGGUUCCAUUCCCGUCACCGACUGCCUGUUCUGCUCCCACCACUCCAGGUCGCUGAUGAAGAACGUCGCCCACAUGACCAACGUCCACAGCUUCUUCAUCCCUGAUGUAGAGUUCCUUGUCGACCUCAAGGGCUUUGUCCGUUACCUCGGUGAAAAGGUCGGAGCAGGAAACGUGUGUCUGUGGUGUAAUGAGAAGGGGCGCUCGUUUUACUCAACAGAAGCUGUUCAGAGUCACAUGAUCGACAAAAGCCACUGCAAACUUUUCACAGAUGGAGACGCUUCCCUGGAGUUUGCAGACUUUUAUGAUUUCAGGAGCAGCUAUCCUGACAGGCCGGAGGGAGAGGAGGGAGCCGUGUCUGAUGAAGAUCUGCCGGACGACAAGAACCUGGAGUAUGACGAUGAAACGCUGGAGCUGACUCUUCCCUCAGGAGCAAAAAUUGGCCACCGCUCCCUCAUCAGAUACUACAAACAGCGGUUUGGGACGCAGCGAGCCGUCGCUCUGAGCCACAACAGGAACGCCGUCGGCAGAGUCCUCCGGCAGUACAGAGCUCUGGGCUGGGGGGGCGAUGGAGGUGUCGGCUCUUUGCAGCAGAGGCAGAAGGACAUGCAGUACGUCCAGAGGAUGAAGUCCAAGUGGAUGCUGAAGGUGGGCAUGAGCAACAACGCCACCAAGCAGAAGCACUUCAGGGUCCAGGUCAUGUUCUAAACCCGGGCCCGUCGGGUCGGGAGGGUUGGUGGCUCCGAACCUCUCCAGAUGAGCGCAAAAGCGAUGAAAAAUCUCUUUCGCAUAUAAUCUGUCUUGUGUUUAAACAGGUCAACACAUCUGGAAUUUAAUCCAAGUUCCAGACUGUUAAUAAAAAUGGAGAUGCGGAGACAUGUUGGGCUGGUAUAAAACCAAGACGAGGAGGAACAUUUAGAGAUUAUUUUAGAUUUACAAGAAACUAUAUUUUCUGUGAUGCUUCAAAAAGUGGUUUUCAUGAUGGGAAGUUAAAUAAAACCUCAGUAAGAAGCUACAGAUUAAAACUAACAGGAAUAAACGGAUGUUUACUGAAAUUAUGAAACCACAACUUUUAAAAGCAAAAAAUCUUUAGAUUAAAGUGGAAAAUUUAAAAUACCAUCUGGAUUUAAGGGAUUAAAAUCCUUUUAAAUACGAAACAAGAUAAACCAGGAAACACUUUGUUUCAUCUGUUAAAUGUUUAGUUCUGUUUCGUUUUCCUACAAAAAAACAUGAAUCUUGGUAAUUUUCCAGGUUUGUUAUUUUUAAUCUGACAUUGCCGUAAACUGUAUUAUAACGGACUGCUGAAUCUGCUGCUAAAUAAACAAGAUCCAUCUUUA